UUCCGAAUCGAAAAAUCAAUCAAUCAAUUUCUUUUUCUUUUUUUUCUGUAAAUAAAUCCUCUUCUCCUCUGCGCGACCCUCUCGAUUCCCGUGUGCGAUUCGCUCUGCUCAUCGUCCUUCUCUCAGAGCUCGCUUCUCCAGCUUCCAGGCCUUCCGUCGACGCGUCGCCUCGCCUCUCUCACCGCUCUGGCCGUCGACUCGCCUCUCGCCGACGACCGCCUUUGCAUCCUCCAUCUCUGCCGCCGCCUCGCAUCUCUCGCCUCUCUCGUCGCUGCAUCUUCAGCUCUGGCGGCCGCCUCGCGAACCCCUACCAGCGCGACUGCUGCGCCAUCACUCGCAGCCGGCGUUGACGUUUUCUUCUUCUUAGCCAAUUUUUUUUUUUUCAAAAUUAUAAUAUUACUGAGUUUUGGUUUGUGGGCAGGGCCGGACAUAUAUGAGGCGGUUGUCUCAGGCCCAUAAAUUUUGUCAUUUUGGGUGGCCAUCAAUUUUUUCCAAGCUCACCCCCAAUCAGUGCCUUCUGCAAACCCUUCUCUCUCUCUCUGACUCUCUCGCCCUCGCUCGCUGCCUCGACCUCGCCUCUCGGUCGGUAGCUGGGGAGGUCGCAUCUGUGGCUACUGGAUCUGGCUCUCUAUCUCUUGCUCUCGCUGGGUGACUGGGUCGCUCGCCUCUCUGCAUUGCCAUUGGGACACUUUGGUUCUAUCUUUGGUGUUGUGUUCUGUUCGGGUUCAAAUUCAAUACCAGUGACAAAAAAAUCUGUUCGUUCAAUCUUUGGUGUUGUGUUCUUGUUCUUGGCAGGCAGGCAGUGACCACUGGCCAGUGGGCAUCCCUUCAUACUCUAGAGACCAAAAGACUAGAGGACCCAUAAAUAUUGUGUCAAAAUAUAAGCAAAGAUGCUUUCAGGAUUGAAGUUCAUACCACGUGACCAAAUUGACAAGGCGCAAGAAGAAGACUUGGAUGACUCUAAAAGAGAGAGAAAGAAAUCAAGUAAUAGGAAGGGCAGAGACAGAAAAAAAAAGAGAAGCUCUCAACAUCAAAGUUCAGAUGAGGAUGACCUUCAAAGAAUAACAAAUGUUUCUAGAAAGAAAAAGAAGUGGUAUUCUUCAGAUGAGUCUUCAUCUACUAGUGAGAGCGGUUCUGACCAAGAUGUGAAGAAAUAUAGGAAUAAGGAAAAAAAAAAAGGUAAAUCCAAAUAUAAGAAGUCAGGAAGGGGGAGAAAACAUAAUUCAUCUCAAGGCCAUUCUGUGUCUGAUAAAGAGUAUGAAGAUGAGGGCAGCUACUCCAGUGGAGAAGAUACACUUCAAAGAGCAAGUAGAAAGCAUGAACGGAAGAAGGGUAACAGAGGGGCUGAGAAGGAAUACGUAGGAAAUGACUUGCCUGAUAAUAACAGCACGGCAAGAAAGGAAAUAGGAUUGGAGUGGAUGCUUAGACCUAAAGACAACAUGGAGAGAAAUCCUGCAACUACUUCUGAUCAGCUAGAGGAACCUCGGGCUGAGGAGAUGAAGAAAGAAAAUCCGAGAGAAUUAAAUCCCUAUAUGAGGAACGAUGGAACUGGAUAUCCAGAAGUUGCAGGUGGGACAAAGACUGGAGGAAACCAACACCAAUCUUCUGCUGUUGUUGGAGAUGGAGGUGCAAGCUGGAGAAUGAAAGCCCUGAAGCGUGCUCAGGAGCAGGCAGUUCGUGAAGGACGGAAACUUGACGAGGUUGUUGAAGACCGGUGGGGAUCCAUGGGUCAGCUGGCAGUUUCUGUGGCAUCCCGGAGAGCGGCUCCAUCUCGUGCUCACCUCCAUGCCAUUAAACACAGACAGAAGGGGCUAACAGAAGAACAACCAACGCAGGGGGCUGAUAAAAAAGAAAAGAAUAUUGGCCGAGAAGCCCAGCGAGAUGUAUCCCGCCAUCAUCCAGAGAUGAAAGUGCCUAAACUUGAUGAUUCUUUGUCUUGGGGCAAGCAGAAAAGUCAAAUCCCGUCAUCAAAAGAUUCUGGCCUUAUCUCUGCUGCAAUUUCAAGCUUAAAUAAGUUUGCAAAUGAUGGAAGCUUUAUGCAAGAAGUUUGUAAUCGGCAGAAUGAUGGUCAUGGUGGUUCUGUUGGAUCUCAAUACACACUUGGGAGAAAAUUAGAGUCAGAUUUGGGUUCAAUAGAACAAGAGAAGAGACCUAGUGACUCCGGUGAACUUGUUAAUCAGGGUUUGAGUGCAAACCAGUUGGCAGCCAAAGCCAUGCAACUUCGUCUGAAAGGAAGGCAUGAAGAAGCUGAAAAAUUAAUGAAGGAAGCAGAGAACAUGAAACAAAAGCAAGUUGCGGUAAAUGAAUCUAGUAAACCACAGAAGGAGAGGAAUCCAGGAAAAUAUAUAUCACAUGAGACAUCUAUACGGCAGAGGACAAAAGAGGAUGACACUGACAUGCAACUCGUGCGGAAGAUAGUGCAAAACAAACAGUUCAGUAUAUCUGGUCAGGCAGAUGAUGAAUAUGAUUUUGAUGAUGGUCCUAGUAGAAAGACUCGGAAGAAAGGAGGCAAUGACCACAAGUUAACUGAGAAGACUAAUUUUCCAAAACGCAUCAUGACUCAGCAAGAGCGGUGUCAAUUCUGCUUUGAGAAUCCCAAUAGACCGAGCCAUCUUGUGGUUGCUAUAGGUAAUUUCACCUACCUCAGUUUACCACACUGGCAGUGCAUUGUGCCGGGUCACUGCUGCAUCUUGACAUUGCAGCAUGAAUCAGCCACAAGGUCUGUUGACAAUAAUGUGUGGGAUGAGAUUCGCAACUUCAAGAAAUGCCUCAUCAUGAUGUUUGCAAAGCAAGAGAAAGAUCUAGUGUUCCUUGAAACAGUGAUGGGAUUGGCGCAGCAAAGGCGACAUUGCUUGGUUGAGUGCAUUCCUUUACCUCAAGACAUUGCAAAACAGGCACCUCUAUAUUUCAAAAAGGCGAUUGAUGAAGCUGAAGAUGAGUGGAGCCAGCAUAAUGCGAAAAAACUUAUCAACACAAGUGAAAAGGGGCUGCGUGGUUCCAUUCCUAAGGACUUUCCGUAUUUCCAUGUUGAAUUUGGACUGGACAAGGGUUUUGUUCAUGUUAUUGAUGAUGAAAAGCAGUUCCAAAGCAACUUUGGGCUCAAUGUUAUAAGGGGCAUGCUGCGCCUGCCAGAGGAGGACAUGUUCAGCCGUAGGAAACGCGAUUCACUGGAGACACAGAAGCAAGCUGUGUCGAGUUUUGCCCGAGACUGGGAACCGUUUGACUGGACAAAACAACUUGAUUGAACAUCUGAUUCGUAUAACAUUGACACAAAAUUGGUGGUGUUCCCAUGCAUUACUUAGAUCAGCUCCUCAUAUAGUUGUUGACAAAAGUUUGGAAUAUAGUCGGGCUUGAAACAAUGCUGUAUAGUUAGGGAUAGGUGUUCUAAUUGCCAAGAUAGCUCGGGCAACUCUUUGCAAUGGCUAGAGAUAGAAUGUGUUUGUUGUAUAUUGCUAUGUUUUUAUCUGCCUAAGAUCCAUUUCUUUGCUUGUACCUGAACAAAUUAAAUUGGUGGAUCAUCAAGUGAUUGAUUGUCGUGUUGCAAAAUACAAUCUUUGUUAUAAAAGAGAGAAUUGGGAAGGAAAUGUUACCCUUUUUGUGCCAA